GUCUCUGCCUUCUGACCGUCUGUGGCAGAGCGCUGCAGGGAGGAAGAUUGCAACGUUUGCACAGUGUCUCCCUCACCAUAAUCACAGGAUUUUAUCGCUACUCUGUCUUAUCUUACUUUGUUUCGUUAUCUGAGGAUCGAAUAGGGGGAAGAGCCAAGAUCAUCUUGUCAUUAUGUUAUAAGCCGAAGCUUUCUGGAUCAGAGACUGGCCUUGGGGGGAGGGGGGAGGGGGGACAAUUGGCUUGUUUGGCGCCCAACGCUUAUCAAUCAGCCAAUUACAACCAUUCUGUUUUGGAAGGGUCUUUUCUGCGCCCGUUUUGGAGGACGCAGGAUGAGAAGCCAAAAGCAAUGAUUCCUGAUGCCGGCUACAUCUUCUUGGGGUGAAUAGGAGGGUAUGGAUGCCAUUUGAGCAGCAGUAGAACCGGCUGGUUAGCUGCCUCUCACCGACCGAAAGUAGCCUUUAUGCAUGUUCCAAAACUAAGACAUAUAGAAGAGCAAAUGGUUAUUUGAUUUCUGAAUCAACAUCAACUGUUUUGGAAGAAAAUCUGAAUCAUAAAAGAAAGGAAAUCGUCUGACCGAAUAAAAAAAAAUUAAGACUGAGGAGUUCGGAUUUAGGGGCGACAGAGAAGUGGACCAAUACACAACGAUUAUAUAUUUUUCCGGCAGACUAUUGUAGCUUGCUGGUAGGAUAUGACAACGACAUAAUUGGUUAAGGUUUACAAUGUGUCAUUUCAUAUUCACAAUUCUUAGUGGUCAGUCCGUGUAUUACAUCAUACUCAGCCCUAAUUUCUAGCUUGAUAAAAUAAAAUCCCGUCUGAAAUCUGAUUUAGCGGUAUUGUAGGCUAUCUAGGCCUAAAGAACAAUUUGGCCACAUCAUGGUUAUUGCAAUGCGGCAUGGAGCCCAUCUAAUAUGGGUAUGCCUUCUCGUCUGCUGUAUGGUAGACAUAGGGGCCUCUAUGGAGUUUACAGGUGCAGAGGGCCAGUGGGCCAGGUUUCCAAUGUGGAAUGCAUGUUGCGAGAGUGAAAUGAGCUUCAACAUGAAAACCAAGAGUUCCCACGGGCUGUUAGUGUACUUCGAUGACGAGGGAUUCUGUGACUUUUUAGAACUCCUAAUACACAAUGGUAAACUCAGUCUUCGAUUCUCCAUCUUCUGCGCUGAGCCUGCAAUGGUUCUAACCAACACCACGGUGAACGACAGCCAGUGGCACACGGUGACAAUAAAGAGAAACUUUAAAAACACGACGCUAAUGGUGGACAAAGAAGUGAAAUGGGCCGAAGUGAAGUCGAAAAGAAAGGAUAUGACUGUCUUCAGCUACCUUUUCCUUGGGGGAAUACCGCCGGAAUUACGCUCUGUGGCUUUACGGUUAACGUUGGCUGCUGUCAAGGACCAAGUGCCUUUUACCGGAUGGAUAACGGAUGUAAAGGUCAACAAGACCGAGUCGGCUCUCCUAAACAGCGCGGGGGUCAUUAACGACCUCUGCAGUGCGGCGGCCAACAUGUGUUUAAACGGAGGGGUCUGUAAUGUCAUUAACCACGAGCCCAAGUGCGACUGCUCGCAGACUGGAUUCCAGGGCAAGGACUGCAGCGACGAAGACAACCGUGUUGAAGGUCUGGCACACUUGAUGAUGGGCGACCAAGGGCGAAGGGAAGGAGAAGGUUGGCUUCGAAGGUCCCUACUGAGCAUUCCAGGAAAAGAAGACUAUGUGGCGACCUUCAAGGGAUCCGAGUUCUUCUGCUACGACCUGUCCUUGAACCCGAUCCAGAGCAGCAGCGACGAGAUCACCCUGUCCUUCAAGACGUUACAGAGGAACGGUCUGAUGCUUCACACGGGGAAGUCUGCAGACUAUGUCAAUCUGGCCCUGAAAAACGGAGCUGUGUCGCUGGUCAUUAAUUUGGGAUCUGGAGCCUUUGAAGCUCUGGUGGAACCGGUCAAUGGGAAAUUCAAUGACAAUGAUUGGCAUGAUGUCAAAGUUACAAGGAAUCUACGUCAGCACUCAGGCAUUGGACACGCUAUGGUAACUAUAUCCGUGGAUGGGAUACUGACCACCACAGGGUAUACUCAAGAAGACUACACCAUGCUAGGCUCCGACGACUUUUUCUAUGUUGGUGGGAGUCCUAGCACGGCUGACCUGCCUGGAUCACCUGUUAGCAACAACUUUAUGGGUUGUCUGAAAGAGGUUGUGUACAAAAACAACGACGUGCGACUCGAGCUGUCCAGGAUGGCCAAACUGGGUGAUGCCAAGAUGAAGGUUCAUGGCAUCGUGGCUUUCAAAUGUGAGAACGUGGCAACCCUUGACCCCAUCACCUUCGAGACCCCCGAGUCCUUCAUAACUCUCAACAAAUGGAACGCCAAGAAGACAGGCUCCAUCUCCUUUGACUUCCGUACCACAGAGCCCAGCGGGCUUCUCCUCUUCAGCCACGGCAAGCCCAAACAGGCCCCCAAGGAUUCCAAGAGCCCCCUGACGUUGAAGGUGGAUUUCUUUGCCAUCGAGAUGCUGGACGGACACCUGUAUUUACUGCUGGACAUGGGGUCCGGGACCACCAAGACCAGGGCCGUCAACAAGAAGGUCAACGAUGGGGAGUGGUACCACGUAGACUUCCAGCGGGACGGACGAUCAGGUACCAUCUCCAUCAACACCCAGCGCCAGGCUUACACAGCCCCAGGAGAGAGUGAGAUCCUGGACCUGGACGAUAACCUGUACCUGGGAGGACUACCAGAGAAUAAACUGGGCAUGGUGUUCCCUACAGAGGUCUGGACAGCUCUCCUAAACUAUGGCUACGUGGGUUGCAUCCGGGACCUGUUCAUCGAUGGCCAGAGUAAAGAUGUCCGCCGCAUGGCCGAGGUUCAGAAGGCUGCUGGGGUCAAACCAUCCUGUUCUAAAGAGCCGCCCAAGCAGUGCCUGUCAAAUCCCUGCCAGAAUAACGGGGUCUGUCGGGAGGGAUGGAACCGUUACGUCUGUGACUGCUCGGGGACGGGAUACCUGGGCCGCUCCUGUGAGAGGGAUGCGACCAUCCUGAGUUAUGACGGCAGUAAGUUCAUGAAGAUCCAGCUGCCGGUGGUGAUGCAGACGGAGGCUGAAGACGUGUCGCUGCGGUUCCGUUCUCAACGGGCGUAUGGCGUGCUGAUGGCCACAACUUCACGUGACAGCGCAGACACACUGCGCCUGGAGCUGGAGACCGGCCGUGUCCGCCUCACAGUCAACCUAGACUGUAUCAAGAUUAACUGUACUACCAGCAAGGGUCCGGAGACCAUUUUUGCUGGUCAGAACCUGAACGAUAACGAGUGGCACACGGUGCGUGUGUUCAGGAGGGGAAAGAGUUUGAAACUCACCGUAGAUGAUCUUCAACCUGUAGAAGGUCAAAUGGCAGGUGACCACACCCAGUUAGAGUUCCACAACAUUGAGACGGGCAUCGUGACGGAGAAGAGGUUCCUUUCACUGGUGCCCUCUAACUUCAUAGGCCACCUGCAGAGCCUCUCCUUCAACGGCAUGGCCUACAUAGACCUGUGUAAGAAUGGUGACAUUGACUACUGUGAGCUCAACGCCAUGAUUGGCUUCAAGAACAUCAUUGCUGACCCGGUCACGUUCAAGUCUCGGUUGAGCUACGUUGCUCUGACCACUCUCCAGGCCUACUACUCUAUGCACCUGUUCUUCCAGUUCAAGACCACCUCGUCAGAUGGACUCAUACUGUUCAACAGCGGGGAUGGAAACGACUUCAUUGUGGUCGAGCUGGUCAAGGGCUACCUGCACUACGUAUCAGACCUGGGGAACGGAGCUCACCUGAUCAAGGGCAACUCCAACAAGCCCCUGAAUGAUAACCAUUGGCACAAUGUCAUGAUCUCACGAGACACUAACAACCUCCACACCGUCAAGAUCGACACCAAGAUCACCACCCAGACCACCAUGGGAGCCAAGAACCUGGACCUGAAGGGCGACCUGUAUAUAGGUGGCGUGGCCAAAGAGACGUACAAGGAGCUUCCAAAAUUAGUUCACGCCAAGGAGGGCUUCCAGGGUUGCCUAGCAUCGGUGGACCUGAACGGACGCCUACCGGACCUGAUGUCAGACGCCCUGGCUUGUGUCGGCCAGAUAGAGAGGGGCUGCGAAGGCCCCAGUACAACAUGCCAGGAGGACUCAUGUGCCAAUCAGGGUGUGUGCCUGCAGCAGUGGGAGGGGUUCAACUGUGACUGUAGCAUGACAUCUUUCGGAGGGCCACUCUGCAACGACGCUGGAACUACUUAUAUAUUUGGCCGUGACGGUGGACUAAUCACGUAUACAUGGCCUCCCAAUGACAGGCCAAGCACGCGGGCAGACAGGCUGGCUAUAGGUUUCAGCACACAGCUGGAGGAUGCUGUUCUGGUGAGGGUGGACAGCUCAUCUGGCCUUGGAGACUACCUGAAGCUACACAUUGUAAGUCUCUACUACUCUACUGUUGUCCUACUGAUACUCUACUCUAUUCUACUCUACUCAGCCUCUACCGUUGUCCUACCUGGCUGCUGCUGCCGUGCAGAGAAUGGGGCUCUGGAGGAUGGGGCUCUGGAUGCUGGGGCUCUGGAGGAUGGGGCUCUGGAGGAUGGGGCUCUGGAACCUGGGGAUCUGGAGGCUGUGGAGGCUGGGGCUAUGAUGAGGCUGGGGCUCUGGAGGCUGGGGCUCUGGAGGCUGGCCUCUGGAGGCUGGGGCUGUGGAGGCUGGGGCUGUGGAGUCUGGGGCUGUGGAGUCUGGGGAUCAGGAGACUGGGCUAAGCAGACUGGGCCUGUGGAAACUGGGGCUGUGGAGACUAGGGAUCAGGAGACUGGGGCUCAGGAGACUGGGGCUCUGGAGGCUGGGGCUCUGGAGGCUGGGGCUUACCAUAUAGUGAAGUUUACGCGGAGUGGCGGUAACGCCACACUACAGGUGGAUGACCUACCUGUCAUAGAGCGCUAUCCCACAGGCAACAAUGAUAACGAACGCCUGGCGAUUGCUAGACAGCGAAUCCCAUAUCGACUUGGUCGAGUAGUUGACGAAUGGCUACUCGACAAAGGUCGGCAGCUCACUAUCUUCAACAGCCAGACCACCAUACAGAUAGGUGGCUGGGACCGGGACAGGAGUCGCUCGUUUCAGGGCCAGCUCUCAGGCCUCUACUAUAACGGGCUGAAGGUGUUCAACAUGGCCACGGAAGGAGAUCCUAACAUCCGCAUCCAGGGGAGCGUGAGACUGGUGGGAGAGUCACCCUCUUCCAUCACGCCACAGUCCAGUGCCAACACGGACAACCGGUCGGAGACGUCCACCUCCAUUAUGGAGAUCACCACGACAAUGGCGUCUAGUAGGAAAGUGAAGCAGACGACGCCACGGGAACCUCAUCAGACGACGGACGAUCUGCCGGUGGCAUCUGCGGAGUGUCCGAGCGAUGACGAGGACAUUGAUCCCUGUGAGCCGAGCUCAGGUGGGUUAGCUAACCCAACAGGCCCGGCGGUGAAGGGCUAUCCAGGUCCAUCGGAGGGGGUGUUCCGUGAGUCAAGCAGUACCACAGGGAUGGUGGUUGGCAUCAUAGCGGCAGCCGCACUCUGUAUCCUCAUCCUGCUCUACGCCAUGUACAAAUACCGCAACCGGGACGAGGGAUCUUACCAUGUGGACGAAAGCCGUAACUACAUCAGUAACACAUCGCAGUCCAACGGGACGUUGGUGAAGGACAAACCGCCGAACGCAGCCAAGACCUCCUUUAAGAGCAAGAAGAAUAAGGACAAGGAGUAUUACGUGUGAUCCUUACUGUCUCUGGUCUUCGCCACUGGCCCGACAAACUUUUUGACUCGAGAAGACCAAUCAGGAGAUCAGAAGACCACUAAAAAGUGUAUCAUAAUGAACAAACAAAAUUCAACAAAAACUACAAAAUAACAUUUUGUCUUAAAUUUUACCCAAGACAUGGUGGGAUGGUGUUAUACCUGAAUGUCAAAUGGACUAAAAAAUAAAACAGAACAUCUUCCUUUAGAUUCUUAAAACCCAACAAAUUGGGCUUUAGGAAAUAGCACCAGGGAGAUUGAGGUACUAUAUUGGACUAUACUGAAGAGGGUUUGGAACUGCAGAAUAAUCAACAGGAGUACCUAUACAUCUUAAACAACAAACAAUCCAAUCAGUUUUAUUCAGUUUAUUACCAGGGUGUUGGUUGUCCAAACGGGUGAGGAGAGAUGCAAACGGGUGAGGAGAGAUGCAAACGGGUGAGGAGAGAUGCAAACGGGUGAGGAGAGAUGCAAACGGGUGAGGAUAGAUGCAAACGGGUGAGGAGAGGUGCAAACGGGUGAGGAGAGGUGCAAACGGGUGAGGAGAGGUGCAAACGGGUGAGGAGAGAUGCAAACGGGUGAGGAGAGGUGCAAACGGGUGAGGAGAGGUGCAAACGGGUGAGGAGAGGUGCAAACGGAUGAGGAGAGGUAUACAAUUGAGGAAGAUAUAUUACAACUAAAAACUCCAAUGUUUAAUUUACAUAUCCUGUGUUUGUGUUAACUGGGACCUUUUCUACGAGAAAAUACUUAAAACACACAAAUGAGGUAAAUAAAGAAAACCCAACACCAAACAUGUGCAACAACAGAUGACGAGUGAAUAGAAAAGAGAUGGCAUAAUGGGAAGGCAAGGUAACAGUGAAGAAGGAAGUGAAAGGAUAAAGAUGCUACCUACUGUAUGUUUGACUAAUCAGCCAAAGUAUUAGCACUUUUUAUGGUGGCAAUGAUGGCCAAAACACAGACUAAAGGAACAUUUGGCUGCCUGAUCUAUCAACAGUGCAAAGACAAAAUGGCCUCCGAUUAAUCUUGAUCUAGAGAGACUUAUGUCAAGUUAUGAUUAAGAUUCAUCUUUGCCAGUUAAGAAAUCAUGAUGCCUUUGAUUCCACACUGUUGUUGAAAACUAAGGCAAAGUGUUUUACAGAAUUCUGGAAGGAGAAGUCUGAAUGUUCUGAAUGCGAUCAUUCUGAUACUGGAACACUCCAUGCACGCAAAACGUAUCUUAUUACAGUACAUGUUUAUAUACAGUACAACCACAUCUAUAUGUGCUUUCUGGACAGUGACAAAGUGGUGUUUUAUAGCCUGUUGUAUAGAUGACCACGCAAGCUAUAUCUGCUCCUCCUCCAACCAUUUUUGGAAUAAAAAACAAAUUCAAAAAUGACAAAAAUACCAAAUUAAAUGUUAUUAAGUGUUGCUAGAUAUAGAAGAUUUUAUGACGACGUUGAUUAGCAAUUACUUUUCUUUUCAGUUGGAUUCUUUAUUCCCCCAUUAAACAUCUGUUUAGUUUUUAUACAAAUGCCAACCUGAUCUAAUAGAUAUAUUGACCCCGCCCAGUAGUAGCCUGACUGUCCUCAAACUGUACAAGGUAAUGAUAGUGCACAGUAGAGACCUGGCAUGAUGAUAUGCAGGAGGAGGUCAUGUCUCCAGGGUAUCACGAACUUUCUCCCCAUUCCUGCUUCUUCCCAAUUCCUGGGGCAGUAACAGUAACGGACAGCCUUCCUCCCUAUACCUGCCCCCCAAACUAAACCUAGCUAUGUACGAAUGAAGACGUAUACUACUGAUGAUGUUGCUCUGUGUGUUCCUAUAAGUGGUCCUAGAACAUGAUUGUUUAGUGUAUGCUUGGGCUGAUGCAAACAACCUGAAGAAAAAUAGGAAGAGUUAAUUUGAACGGUUUGUGUUUUUGUCAUUCUACUGUCAGCUCUGUUCUGCUUUCCUGGUGACCUGAUGGACUUGGAAUGAGUGCUACUAUGACCUAUAAAUAAUGAGGAUUAUUAUAAAUUCUUUGAUUGUUCAUUUCUUUUUUAAUUUCUACAUGUGCUAUUUUUUUCUACAGUAUUUUAUGUUCAAAUUGUGACAAUGUCUUUAUUAUUGACCUCAGUAACAUUUAUUAUGAAAAAAUUUGUUUUGAAAAAUUAAAUGAAUAAAUUAAAUAAAAUGUUACCUAAGUGAA